AUGGCUAACGAAUCAACCACAAAAAAGAUUUUGGAGACACAGCUUUAUCGUGCUGUUCAGGCCAUUGAAGAUACUGUUGAUGAGGAAAUUGCCAAAAUCGAGAAGAUGGAUGAAGACGAUCUGGAGAAGCUCCGCCUCUACACAGAGCUGCCAUCAGAGCGUGAAUUCUUUGCUGCCUGUGCUAAAUCUCCGGCCCUAGUGUGCCACUUUUAUCGAUCUAGCACCUUCCGCUGUGGCAUCGUUGAUAAGCACCUUUCCAUUCUGGCUCCUCGCAGAGUUGAGUGUCGUUUUGUAAAAAUUGAUGCGGAGAAGUCACCCUUCCUGACUGCGAAGCUUAAAGUACGGGUGUUGCCGACAAUGGUAAUUGUGAAGAAUGAAAAAGUCUGCGACAUGAUUAUUGGAUUCGAUGACCUCGGUGGACAUGACGACUUCAGUACGGAGAUGCUUGAUUGGCGUCUUGGCGUAGCCGGUGUAGUCGAUUAUCAGGGCGAUCUAAACAGUCCACCUGAUUUUCAAAAGAAUCAGAAACCUAGAAAUCCUCUCGGUAGACGACCGAAGAAGACCAUACGUGGCCGCGAGGACGACUCGGAUGACACCGACGAGGGUGACGAGUAA